AUGGAACCGGAGCCAACCACUGCCGCUCUCCUUGAGGCUAUCCUUGCCCUCACAAACCAAGUUGGGUCCUUGCAGGCCCAAAUUUCAUCUCAAGGCCAACAGCUUGCAGAGCUUAAAGCCAUAUGCAAGGAAUCUGCCAACCUCCUUGGCAACAAGGACCAAGGGAAACAAGCCCAGCCUGGCCCAUUGACUGGGCCUACCACCCCUCCAACCCACACAGGAGGGGAAACCAACACUCCAGGUACGGUUAGGCCUGGACUCAAGGCCCCAUUCAGGCCAUCAAGAGGCACAGGGUUUGACUCCAAGGAGGAAGAGGAACCAAGAAGAGCCCCCAAAAAGGAGCCUAUGGGAACGCCUAAACGCUCCCUCAGUUCCCUCACCCCCUUUGAUUCCGGGUCCUCAGUAAAACGGCCCAAAAUGGAAUUACCAGACCCUUAUAAGGGGGACACUAGGGGAAGGAAGGCCACUCAAUGGCUUGAUUGGAUGAUGCUCUGGGUUGCCCUUCAUAGGGACCAGUUUGACAAAGAAGAGCAGAUGGUUGUGUGGAUACUUUACCACAUGACAGACAAAGCAGCCGAUUGGGCACUUCCCCUCAUAGGGGCCAUCAUCAAGGGCAAGGGUAACCCACCAACCACUAUCCUGGCCUUAACGGCCAAAUUUAAAGAAGCCUUUGCAGAUCCGGAUGCAAAGCGGGCGGCCGCCAGGAAAAUUGCCGCGCUUACUCAGACCACCACCACGUCUGAGUACGUCACCAAGUUCCGCAAUCUUAUGGCGGAACUUGACUGGAAUGAAGAGGCGUACAUUGCCCAAUUCACACGCGGCCUUCACUGGAAGGUCAAGGAAUUGUUGUCCACCAAGGAUAAUAUUCCUGACAAACUUGAAGCCAUCUUUGCGGCUUCAAUUAAAAUAGACAACACUUGCCGCAAAAACAAGGAGAACCGCCCAAAGAAGGCUCCUGCCAAGUCUCCGGUCACUGCAACCACUUCCACAACCACCACCACGCAUUGGGUCCAAUUAUCAGAGGACCCUAACUAUGUCACACCAGAAGAAAGGGAUCAACGCCGCGCGUCUGGCCUUUGUGUCAAGUGCGGUCAAAAGGGGCAUGGAAUCAAACAGUGCCCCAAUGGUUGGAAGGCUACCAUCAAAGAGAAUGCGCCCAUAGAAUCUGCUGUUUCCAAAUUUGUAUCUAUUGCUCUUGAUUCAAACAAACGCCCUCUUCUAUACAUCAAUUUAAUAGCGCAAAACUUCCCAACGGCCCCCAUCAAAACCCUGAUAGAUUCCGGAGCAACAUCCAAUUUCAUUUCCCCCUCCAUUGUUGAGAAAUACAAAAUCCCAAAAACCCAACUCAAAAAUCCACGAGUUGUGAGAAUGUUAGAUGGUACAAUUUCACAGACUGGUUGCAUAUGGCACCAGGUUCAACUUGCGGUCUCAGCCAAUGGCCAUACACACUCCAUCCCCUUCCUUGUCUGCCCAAUUGGCAACACUCCGGCUAUCCUAGGCAUGACUUGGCUUACAGCAGAAUCCCCUCUUAUAGAUUGGCAACAGGGGUCAGUCACAUUCCCCAAACAGGUUCAGAUUGCCUCUGAAGAAGAAGCCAACCUGGAUCCCCUGGCAGACCUCCCCCCACAGUACCAUGAAUUUGCUCAAGUGUUUGGCAAAGAAGAAUUUAAGGUCUUACCCCCACACAGGGAAUAUGAUAUUUCAAUAGACCUUGUUCCCAACGCCAAACUCUCCCCUGGUCCUAUUUACGGCAUGACAGACGCAGAAUCUAAGGCCCUUAAACAACAUAUUGAGGAGGAAUUAGCCACAGGAAAGAUCUGCCCCAGCACCUCCUCCGCAGGCGCCCCAGUUAUGUUUGUUAAAAAAGCAGAUGGCUCUCUCAGAUUGGUAGUGGACUACAGGAAACUCAAUGACGUCACCCACAAAAACGUCUACCCUCUACCCAGGCAAGAUGACCUAAUGGCCAAACUCAGGAACACAAAACUAUUUACCAAACUGGACCUAUGCUGGGGUUAUAACAACAUCUGGAUUAAGGAAGGAGACAAAUGGAAGACAGCUUUUAGAACAAAGUACAGGUUAUUUGAAUACCUGGUGAUGCCCUUUGGCCUUACCAAUGCCCCAGCCGCCUUCCAACACUUCAUGAAUGACCUGUUUAGGGACCUCAUUGACGUCACUGUGGUUAUCUACUUGGACAACAUCCUGAUCUUCUCAGAAGACCCCAAGGACCACCCAACCCAUGUCAAGGAAGUCCUAUUGCGGUUGAUGAAGAAUCAGUUGUUCUGUAAACUCUCCAAGUGUCACUUCCAUGUCACCACAGUGGAUUACUUGGGUAUAGUCAUUUCCCUGGCAGGCUUCUCCAUGGAUCAGAAGAAGAUUGAGGCAGUCACGUCAUGGCCAACCCCCAAAACAGUCAAGCAGGUCCAAGCCUUCCUAGGAUUUGUCAACUACCUCCGCCGCUUCAUCCCCAAUUUCAGUUCAGUAGCACGCCCUCUGCACAACCUUACCAGAAAGGAAACCCCCUGGUCAUGGGGCAACCUAGAGGAAGCAGCAUUUCAGGAGUUGAAGGUUCUUGUUACCAAGUCGCCGGUUCUCAUCCAUUCCAACCCAGGACUCCCUUAUUACCUUGAGACAGACGCCUCAGGGGUUGCCAUGGGAGCUAUUCUUAGUCAGCGGGGCUCAGAUAACCAACUACACCCAAUUGUGUAUAUGUCCAAAUUGUUCUCAGGGGCAGAGGGAAACUACAACACUCACGACAAGGAACUCCUGGCCAUCAUCAAGGCCUUGGAGGAAUGGUGUAUUUUCCUGGAAGCUACGGACAAGCCAAUUCAGGUAUUUACAGACCACUGCAACCUUGAGUACUGGAUGCAGGCAAGGACAUUCAAUCAACGGCAUGCUAGAUGGCGCGUAUUCCUGAGCGAUUUCAAUUUUGAAAUACAUUAUUGCCCAGGGAAGCAAUCAGGGAAGCCGGAUGCCUUGUCCAGACGCUUGGACUAUGUUGACACCCCCCAAGAACCAGAAGUCGUGCUACCGCCAGAGGUUUUUGCAAAUACAUUGGAAGAGGAAUUAGAAAUUGUCACGGAUAUUUGCACCAAGCUCAAGGAAGAUCCAUCACUGGAACCAAUUAUCAAGUUCCUUACUGAGGAUGCAGACAACGCGCCCCCCUCAAUUAGGAAGGCCUAUAAGGACUAUGAUUGGGAAGAAGAUUUGCUAUGGUACCACGGAAAACUGGUGGUUCUGGACUCAGAACCCCUGAAAGAGCAACUAUUGAGGGAAUUCCACAACUCCCCACUGGCAGGUCAUCCAGGCCAACAAAGGACGCUCAAACUUGUCAGCAGGAACUAUUGGUGGCCCGGAAUGAAAUCUUCUGCUAAAGAAUGGGUUGAAUGCUGUCCAGUUUGUCAAGCCAACCAACGCGCGCAUGCCCCAGUUAUCUCCCUGAGGCCCUUAGAAGUCCCCCCUUAUCCUUUUCACACCAUAUCCUACAACUUCAUCACAGGGUUCCCCAAAUCCCAGGGACACAAUGCCAUACUGGUUGUAAUCAAUUCCUUUUCAAAAUUUGGUCAUUUCAUUCCCACCUCAAAAAAGGUCACAUCAAAGGGUUUAGCGGACUUAUUUGUCAACCACGUCUGGAAAUUACAUGGGUUACCCAUGAAAACCGUCUCCAAUAGAGGUACCACGUUCACCGGGAAGUUCCUCAGGGCACUAUACCAACAACUUGGAAUUAAGCCCGCCUUCUCAUUGGCCUAUCACCUGGAAUCAGACGGUCAAACAGAAAGGGUCAACCAGUUCAUAGAGUUCUACCUCAGAUUGUAUGUGGCUGCAGAUCACUCAGAUUGGGCCACAUGGUUGCCACUGGCUGAGUAUGCAUAUAACAACGCCAAGCAUUCUGCCACAGGGAAAACCCCUUUUGAACUAGUUUAUGGAAGAAACCCGGUCAUGAACCCAUCCAACAUCCCAGCAAAUGUCCCAGAAGCUGACCUUAUAGCAGACACCCUUGCACAGGAAUGGAAGGAAGCAGAAUCCGCUUUAAGGAUGACAAAGGAAAGAAUGGCAGGAGUAAAAGGCACAACCCCAGAAUACUCUAUUGGGGAAAAACGCCUAGGACCUUUUGAAGUCACCAAGAAGAUCUCAAGCCACGCAUACCGCCUAAAGCUUCCUGAAUCACUGAAGAUCCAUGAUGUUUUUUACGUAGGGUUACUUUCCAAAAGCCACAAAUCACCAAACCAGCCAUUCCCGGAACGCCCUCCUCCUGAAACAAUAAAAGGAGAGGAAGAAUACAAGGUGGAACAGAUCAUAGAUUCCAAGAGGCAACAAGGAAAGUGGUUCUACCUGAUCAAAUGGAAAGGAUACGGGCCAGAAGACAACUCUUGGGAACCAGAGGAACUACUGGAACAUAGUCAAGAAGAAAUCCGUUGCUUCAAUAAAUCACGACUGAAAAAGGCUUGUGACUCCGCCAAAAGCCUUUAA